CGAGGCGGGGCUGCGGACGGUGGGCGGGAGGCUCCCAACGGUUUUGAGUGUAGGGAAGGGCGCGAGAAGGGAGUUGUCUUGGUCUUCACGGGCUGAGGCUCGGGGGAGGGGGCAAUCCCUUAUCCCCACCUUGGAAGACUGCGGGGCUGAGUUCUGGAGGUGUGGAGAGUAGUUGGAAUGGGGUGGCGGGGGUAGAGGAUCUCCGGCUGGGUUGAGUGCGGCGCACUUUUUAGGGACGUCUGAGGGCGUGACCGAGUGUUCGCAAAGUUUCCUUUGGGGUAGUAGGGAGGGAGGGAUUCUAGGGAACCUUGCUAUGGCUUUCUUCCUGGGGGGGAUUGGAGGGGAUGUACAGGACAGCUGACCCUGGGUAGAACAGGUGGUGGGCGGAGGGGUGUGGGGUGGUGGGGAACGUGAGGUUCCUGCAUUUCUUGAGACUGGAGCCAGUUGAGGGGCAAAUAAGGCAGCAGGACGGAAUUUGGGUCCCAGUUAGAUUUGGGUCCGUUUCACUUUGCACGCACUGGGUGUGAUGGCCUGUACCAGAAGUUGAUCUGCAGCUUUCAACACUCCAGAGAAACUGCAGUGGUGCUCUUGCCGCGCAGUGGGUCUUCUGUCCCCACCGCCUCCUUGCUGCACCCUCCUUUUGCACCGUUCCCCACAGCUGUGGAAAGAAGCUCUUUUGCCCUCUCCCAUGGCCUCUGGAACUGUUGGAAACCUUUCCUCUAACCAGAAAGCCUCCAUAACCUCAUUCGACAAGGAUCCUUUGCUUGGAGGCUUUCUCCUUUCUCCCACAUCUUCCUUCUCCGUUACUUUCCCCCCUGGGCUCUCCUGAAGCAGAACCAGGAGUUCCCAGCUCUGCUGUUUCCAGUUGUCUCUUCCCUGUGCUCAUGGCAACAUCAGCUACCAGCCCCAGUUCACCUCUCCGGGCCAAGGAUCUCCUGAGUGAGUCAUCAGAAGCUCCGGGGCUGAACCAGGCAUCCUCUGAGGUGACCUCCCAGCUCUAUUCGUCUUUGCACCUCAGUCGUCAGGCAGAGACCACAGCCCGAGCUCAGUUGUAUUUACCCUCCACCUCCCCACCUCCUCAUGAGGUGUUAGAUGGCUUAGCCCAAGAGCUGAGUCGCAGCUUGUCGGUUGGAUUGGAGAACAACUUGAAGAAAAAGGAUGGCUCCAGGCAUAUCUUUGAGAUGGAAAGUGUUCGGGGUCAACUCCAGAGCAUGCUCCAGACCUCACGAGACUCGGCCUAUCGGGAUCCCCCUACUCCAGGUGCUGGCUCAGAGAGGCGGGAAGAGGACUCCUUUGACAGUGACAGCACAGCUACCUUGCUGAACACCCGGCCCCUGCAAGACUUAUCUCCAUCUAGCUCGGCCCAAGCCCUGGAGGAGUUGUUUCCCCGCUACACCAGCCUUCGGCCAGGACCCCCACUCAAUCCCCCAGAUUUUCAGGGGUUGAGAGAAGCACUGGAUUCUGAGCACACCCGUCGCAAGCAUUGCGAGCGCCACAUUCAGAGCCUGCAGACCCGCGUGCUAGAGCUUCAGCAACAGUUAGCUGUGGCCGUGACCGCCGACCGAAAGAAAGAUGUCAUGAUUGAGCAGCUGGACAAGACCCUGGCCCGCGUGGUGGAGGGCUGGAACCGGCAUGAAGCUGAGCGAACAGAGGUGCUUCGGGGACUCCAGGAGGAACGCCAGGCGGCUGAACUCACUAGAAGCAAGCAGCAGGAGACAGUAACCCGCCUGGAACAAAGCCUUUCUGAGGCUGUGGAGGCCCUGAACCGGGAGCAGGAAGGUGCCAGACUGCAGCAACGGGAAAGAGAGACAUUGGAAGAGGAGAGGCAGGCUCUGACCCUGAGCUUGGAGCUGGAACAGCAGCGGUGCCGGGCCUUGCAGGAAGAACGGGAUGAGGCUCGGGCCGGGCAGCUCAGUGAGCGUCGACACUUGGAGACACUUCAGGCGGCCCUAGAGGAAGAACGGCAGACCUGGGCCCAGCAGGAGCAUCAGCUCCAGGAACGCUACCAGGCGCUGCAGGAGGAGAGCCAGGCUCAGCUGGAAAGGGAGAGGGGCAGCUCCCAGAGGGAGGCCCAGGCGGCCCGGGAGGCCCAGCAGCAGCUGGCACUGGUGCAGUGUGAGGUGCGGCGGCUGGAAGGAGAGCUGGACACCGCUCGGAGAGAGAGAGAUGCCCUGCAGCUGGAGAUGAGCCUGGUGCAGGCACGGUAUGAAAGCCAGCGGAUCCAGAUGGAGUCAGAGCUGGCUGUGCAGCUGGAGCAGCGGGUGACAGAGCGGCUGGCGCAGGCUCAGGAGAGCAGCCUGCGGCAGGCAGCCUCCCUGAGGGAGCAUCACAGGAAGCAGCUGCAGGAGCUGAGUGCGCAGCACCAGCAGGAACUGUCCACGCACUUGGCCCAGUUCAAGGUGGAGAUGGCAGAGCGAGAGGAGAGGCAGCAGCAGGUGGCUCAGGACUAUGAGCUCAGACUGGCCCGGGAGCAGGCACGAGUGCGGGAACUGCAGAGUGGGAACCAGCAGCUGGAGGAGCAGCGAGUGGAGCUGGUCGAGCGACUCCAGGCCAUGCUGCAGGCCCACUGGGAGGAGGCAAGCCAGCUGCUCAGCGCCACCUCCCUGCCGCCCCACCCCCCGGUUCCUCCCGCCAGCCCCUCCAGCCCUGGGCCUCAGGAACCAGAGAAGGGGGAGAGGAGGACCUGGACUGUGCCCCCCGUGGCUGUGGCCCUAAAGCCGGCCUUGCAGCAGAGCCGGGAAGCAAGGCACGAGGAGCUGCCUGGAGGGCUGCCUGUUCUCUGCAGCCCCUCCUCGGAUCUGAGCCUCCUGCUAGGCCCCACUUUCCAGAGCCAGCAUUCCUUCCAGCCCCUGGAGCCAAAGCCGGAUCUCACUUCAUCCUCAGGCCUUCCCUGCAGUGGGGACUUCCCUUCCGACCACAGGGCAGAACGGCCGUUCCUCGAGGAAGACGCUGGGUCCCGCGGGGAUGGCCUCCCGCAGCAGGCGCCGCCGCCCCCGUCCCAGCUGCAGGGCCUCAAGCAUUUUCUGCAGCAGCUGCUGGAGACAGCGCCCCAGAGCAACGAGACUCCCUCUGUGGACCCGCUGCCUGCUAAGUCUGGUCCUCUGACUGUCUCAUCUUGGGAGGAAGCCCCUCAGGUGCCACGCCUCCCACCCCCCGUGCAUAAAACUAAAGUGCCCUUAGCCAUGGCGUCCAGCCUUUUCCGGGUCCACGAGCUUCCUUCAGCCCGUUCACAGGGCGGUGGGCCCAGCGGGGGCUCCCCGGAGAGAGGUGGAGAUGGGCUCGCGUCCUCGAGGCAGCUGAUGGAGGUGUCUCAGCUGCUACGACUCUACCAGGCUCGGGGCUGGGGGGCGCUGCCCGCGGAGGAUCUGCUGCUCUACCUGAAGAGGCUGGAGCACAGCGGGACUGACAGCCGAGGGGAUAAUGUCCCCAGAAGCAACACAGACUCCCGCUUGGGUGAGAUCCCCCGGAAAGAGAUCCCCUCCCAGGCUCUCCCUCGCCGCCUCGCCACAGCCCCUAAGACCGAGAGGCCUCCCGCUCGGAAGAAAAGUGGGCACCCUGCCCCCGGUAGCAUGAGGAGUCGGGGGGGAAUCUGGAGAUAAGCCCCUUGCCUUUAUUUUCUUUGGUCUCUUCUUAUCAUUAUUAUUAUUAUUAUUUUAAUAAAUGCUCAGUAGUCUGUAUUAGAGUCUCUGACUCAGGAAUUUGGAAAAUGGAGGUUUUAAACUUUGUGGAAAACUUCAUUUUAUUCUGUUUGAGUAUGUUUUUUAUGUGUUUCUGUUUUAUAUUCUGCGGCAGAAAAUGUGAAUGCUUUGAAAGAGAACAGUCGGGGGGUUCAGCAGUUCUAGUGAUUUAGGGCAUGGUGUUUUCAAGCGUGUGGAGUGAUUAGCUCUGGUUGGUAAUGGAAUUAUGGAUGGUGCUUAUUCUUUCUACAUUUCUGUAUUUUCCAGCUGCUCUAAAAUAAGUAUAUAUUAAUAAUCAGAAAAACACCUUUAAUAAAAAAGUAAGUUAUUGUA